GUCAAGAUUUAGGCUAAGAGUCUUGUUAACCUGUUGUUAGUCAAAUGUUUGGCUAUAUCCACCAUAGGUUAUUUUUAAACGAAGUAAAUCUGUGUACAUUUAUAUAAAAUAACUUGGUGAUACAAGUACGGAUAUCCUUUUUCUCUUUGGGAAAAUGAAAUGUUAUUUAGAUGUAACAAAUCGAAUUCAGGAAAUGUUGACUAACAAGUUAUUCAUAAGAAGGGAAGAUCCAUCAUCAUGAAACAAUCAUAGUUUGGAUGUUAAGUUCAUAAAAUAAACGUUAAACUGGAAAAUAUUGCUAACUACCUAUGGAAGUCCUCGCAAUUAUUCCAUCCUUCAAACGGUUAAAUUCAAGCCACUGUGACGACUGGGUGGACCGGGUGAACCAUGUCUACACCGUCAUGAUGCUGCUGGUGUUUGCAGUCCUCCUCAGUGCCGCACAGUACGUCGGUGCACCGAUAUAUUGCUGGAUCCCGGCAGAACUUUAUGAUGGUCAUGAAUCUUAUUUUAAGAAUUACAUACACAAUUACUGCUGGGUGAAGAACACUUACUAUAUUCCAAUGUUUGAUAUAAUACCAAGGAAUGUAAGCGAACGAGAGGAGGAAGAGAUCACCUAUUACCAAUGGGUACCAAUACUGUUAUUGCUUCAGGCCUUCUUGUUUAAACUACCAAACAUAUUGUGGAAAAUGUUACACGAAGGUUCAGGCAUAAACAUAGACAAACUGUGCAAGAACGCGCAAUCUACGGAGGAGUUAUCUACUGAAGAGCGAAAGGGUGCAUACGAAGGACUAGUUUAUGUUAUACGUAAAUGGAUAAGUGUGAGUCAACCAUAUCAUGACACGAGAUUGACCCGCGCCAAGGCGACGCUAGCACCCGUAUUUUGUUUAACUUGUUACAAAAGAGGAGGAACGUACCUCACCGGAUUAUACCUAAUUAUAAAAAUUCUCUACCUUGCUAAUGCGGCGGGACAAUUGUUUCUUCUGAAUGAUUUUAUCACCACAGACUCUUCAAGAAUGUUUGGAAUAGAAUGGAUACAGUCGUUCCAAAAUAAAUAUAGAAGCGAAGAAUCGCCACGGUUUCCACGAAUUACUCUGUGUGACUUUGAUAUCCGACAGAUGGCUAAUAUACAAAGAUACACCGUCCAGUGUGUGUUACCCAUCAAUCUUUUCAAUGAGAAAGUCUAUCUGUUUCUAUGGUUUUGGUGUCUGCUGGUUGCACUUCUUAGCUUUUACAAUUUGCUGAAGUGGGUAUACUUGACCAUUUUGAAACGAAAUAACUACGAAUUUGUGAAGAAAUAUCUCAAAAUUGGUGGAAGGACUUUACAACAAUCUGACAAACUGAUGUGUAAAAAGUUUGCAGAGAAAUAUCUCAGGGAUGACGGUUGCUUCGUUGCAAGAAUGAUCAGUAUUAAUUCCUCCGAUAUGGUGGUUACGGAAAUGUUGAACGAUAUGUUCCAGCAGUUCCGACAGGCUGAAGAGCCGAAGGUAUCCGAAAACUGUGAAGAACCAAAGGUUUCCGAAAAGAGAGCAGACAACAUGUCCGGAUAUAGCAACCAUAUAGAUAAACCUAAUUUACAGCAAUCAGGCGCGACCGGAAAUCAUACUGAUGAAAUAGUCAAUCGCAGAAAUAGACUACAACGACAGAACAAUAUACAUUAAACAUAUUUAUUUAACUCAGACGACUGAUGAAUGCAUUAAAUUAUCAUGGAAAUUAGGCGUAUGGAUACCAAAGACUACAGAUAUGUGAUAAGAUACAAAAAUUUUGCUUCAGCAAGCAUUUGCGCACAACGACAGGAAAAAUAGGACUUGUCAGAUGUAUAUCACAAUAUUGUUUUGGUAUGUUGGAUGAAAACUGUUUUAUUUCAUACACCAUGAAAUGAAAUAGUGCAUUUAGUGAAGGAUAAAAGUGCAGUCACGUUUUCAACGAUAGGGUAUUUUCUUAAAAAAAUAAAUAAAAAGAACACUGCCGGAUUGUGAUUAACUGUGUUCAAAGAGAAAAGGUGCCCGGAAGUGAUGGCCAACAUGCAUAUUGGUUACUGUUCUGUUUUAUGAUAUGUUUUGGUAUGAAGGUAUUAAAUGCAUCCGCUGCUAUUUUCUAUAUAAAAUUAACAACUUAUAACAUAUUUUUAUCAAGAUUUCUAGCCUUUCACUUCCUGCGAGACUACCCUUGUUUUGAAGGUCUGUCUUUAGGCAAUCAAAAUAUACCCAAAAAAUAUGGGGUUGACCAUAAUGCAGUGAAACCAUGGUCACGUGACUGAGACACGUGAUGAAAACGUUAAUAUUGCGUAGGUAGACAUAAGGAAAUACCUACUUUCACUUUCAUUUUACAAGGCAGCUUCCAGUCAUCUUCUGAAGCAUAUAACGUAGCUUAAAAUCAUCUGCGGACAUUCCUUUUUACAAUCAAGCACAAAUAAAGCUUAUAUCUGGCAUGAAAAUGGCCUUUACUAGGCGGGAAAAUUGCACUAUAUAUUGAUAUGGACUACAUUCGAGUGGACCACGGAGGCAUAUCCGGCUAAUUGCCCCCUUCAUGCCUUUUGGAUGUUUUCUUCAUCCUGGGUAGGUGAAUGGUUGGAUUACAUAACAAAUGUGGGAACAUAUAAAUUCAAUUUCUGUUUGCUCUGUAUGACCUAAACAGAAUUUGUCAAGCAGUAUUGCUCGAGUAUUUUCAUUUCGUUUGCAUUAAACCUUACCCUGCUAAAUUUCUAUAAUGAACCUGUCCAACUUUCAGUUUGGACAGUACCAUUAACUGUUAAAAGGGGCAUUUGCCAAAAAGAAACUGACUGAAUGGUGAACAGUGCAGAUCUUGAUUAGACUGCACGGAUGUGCAGGCUGAUAAUGAUCUACACUGGUCGCAAAGGCAGAAUAAAUCGUGUCCAGCAUGGUAAGGGUUAUGAAAAUGGUCAAUGGCACCUUUAUAUCGAUACUUUUGUACAAUACCGUCUUCUGACAGUAGACAUGAACGUGAGAUGCAUGGCAUGUGUAUAAUGCAUCCACAGUAAUUUGCGUUUCUGAGUGGAAAUGUAAGAGCUUUGUCACAUCAUAAUGAUGCAUUUGUUAUAUAACGUUUUAUACACGUUUGUUUCUCGAAAAUCAACUGUUACAAUAUUAAGACAUUCAUUUACACCAGAACAUAUUGUGAAAACCCUGUCACUAAUACGAUGUCAUUUGGACUUCGCCUCUUGACCCGAGCACAGGUUACUCGAGGUGAGCCACUGCGAUCGCACUGUACGUCGUUGUCCGUCGUCGUCAACAGUUUGGCCGUUAACACUCUAAAGGUCACAAUUUUGGCCCAGUCCUAAUGAUACUUUGUCAGAAGACUUCCUUUAGUACAAUCUAGGAUAAAUUAAAUUAAUUGCUCGUAUUGGGUCAAAAUCUAUGUCACUAGGUCAAAUUAUGUAAAAGCCUUGUCGGGCUUGUUAACAUUAUAGAGACCACAAUUUCUACUUGAUCGUCAUAAAACUUUGUCAGUAGGUUUGUCUCUGUAAGAGCUAGGUCAAGUUUGCAUAUGGGUUAUCUUAGACAAAAUGUCUAGGUCAUUAGGUCAAAUGAUAGAAAAAAAAACAACUUGACAAUGUUUAUAUAGAACUUAUAUAUAAACUUUGUCAGACUGUUUCGCUAGCCUUGAUAAAGUUUGAAAACUGGGAUUUCUUGGUUAAAAAAACUAGAUCACUAGGUCAAAUAAUGGAAAAAAAACCUUAUUAACUCUGUAAAGAUCACGUUUGUCUAUUUCAUCUUCAUAGAUGUGUGCUAGCAUGUUUGACUCUUAUUUGAAAAUGGAUUUUCAGAGAUUAAAAUUAGGUCACUAGAUCAAAUAGUAGAAUCAUUGUUAACAGUCUAGAGGCCAUAUUUGCUAUCUGAUCUUCAUAAAACUUUAUCAGAAUGUUUGUCUUUAUAAAAUCUUAGUCAUUUUUAAACUUGGUUAUCUACGGUAAUAAACUAGGUCAAAUAAUAAAAAUGCCUUUGUACCAAUAUUGAAGCCAAUUUUCUGCUUCAUCUUAUUGAAGCUUUCUAAUACUGUUAGAGUUCUUAAAAUCUUGGACAAGUACGUAACUGGGUUAUCAGGUAAUAGUGUAGGUCUCCAGGUGAAGUCAUAGAAACAUGAAAUCUUUUUUAAAUUUAGGUGAAGUUAAACCCUAGGUAAUCUAGGGUCAGUAUGUUAAAUCAUAGAACAUGUUUAGUUAACAUGUUUUACCUUAGAUCAUGGAAAACAUUCAGUUGGACUAUAAUAGGAGUCCAAUCUUUUCACAGAUUUUAUUAAUAAAACAAUAUCAGAAUAUUCAAUUUUAUGGACUCUAGAUCAAACUGAAUAUUAGGUCAUCUUCAGGAUGGACUGAUAGUCAGGUGAGCGAAACAGGGCCUCCGUGGCCCUUUUGACUUAGAGAGCUAUUUUAUCAGACAUACAAAUAUAACAUGUCGAUCGCUCAACAUUGAAAAUGCAUUGUAACAUGAAAGUGACAAAGCAUAUGAGAAAGGUGUAAACAGUUUAAAGAUAUUGAUUUCUAUAAUCUGUAUUUACCUCUAAAAAGGUAUUGCAUAUAAUUCAGUAUAUGAUUUAACUGCAUGAUGUGCACAUAGUAGGACAUUCGCAUUAUUUAUGUCAAUAAUGAAAGCAUGCUGAACACGUGAUGUUCGUGUUUUUAACGUGUAAAACUAGUUGGCCUUUGAAAAAUAUUGUAAUAUAUAGACUGAUAUAUUUUCUUGUGCAAUAAAGAAUGUUUGAAUUGUUU